CAGUAAAUAUUGGACCACUUAUUUUUUGACAUUUUAGGGGAAGUUGAGCUUCCCUUGCAGUCUUAGAGCAAUCGCCACUGGUCAACACAAAGUACUCUGCAGAGUGCCAGCAUUAGAAAAUCACUGCAAAAGUGUAUAAUUAAGUCCAAUUUUAAACACUCUCAGAGUGAAUUCAACACUGGGGAAUUUGCAGUGACACUCCCUUUCAGGUCUACACACCUUUUGCAUUUCCUUGAAAUCACAUUACCUAAAGGAAACUGAAAGCAUGAACAGUGUAUUUAAAAGUCAGUUAUCAGUGGAAAGGGCACACUGAGCUUUGGCUUUAAACAUAACUAGACAUCAAGAGCUUCACUGCACUCUGCUCACCUCAGACUAACUUCAGCAAAGAGAAUUAAUUGCUUUCAAGUCACAUUUAUUUUUAAUCAGAAUGGAUUAUAUUUGGGUAAGACUGUUUUAAACUAUAUUUUUCUGUUAUCAACUGAAAUGUACUUUAAUAUUUCAAAUAUUUUUAAUUCACUAAAUAAUGAAGAAGAUUACUUUUUUCUGCCCAUACUUGCCAAAAAGUGUCAAACACAUUGAUCUGUAAGCAUCUUGUUUGAGUGGUCUAUCUUUAUUUAGCUUUAUUCAAACUGUUAUAAGAAAGCUGAAGUCAUUCAUAUUUUGUUUUCUCUUAUUGCCUCUACCAAGAGUGCCUGGGAAUACAUUCGAUGGUUUGGAAAGCCUCCAUUAAAGCAACCAUGGAGAGAUGUGCCGUGGGGUCGCAGAAGAGAAAACCUUCAGAGGGUGAAGGACUACCAACCACAUUCAGAAGCUCAACAUCUCAGAGUUCUUCUCCAUGGACCACCAGGCUCUGGAAAGUCCAGCUUCAUCAACUCUGUUGACAGCGCUCUGCGAGGAAAAACCACAACUCGAGCUUUGGCAGCCACUGCCUAUGAUUGCAGCUUCACCAACACAUUUCAGGAUCCAGAGAGACAGGCCUGGAUCCCAUUAUCCCCUUGUCUUCAGUGACACCAUGGGUAUUGAGAGGGGCUCUGGGACAGGAGCUGAAGUGAAUGAAAUCAAACUGAUCCUGGAAGGACGCAUCAGAGAAGGAUUCAAGUUCAAUUCCGGCAGUCCACCAAGUGCUCAAUUCUACAAUGCAAAUCCCACCAUAAAUGACAAAGUUCAUGUUCUGGUUUGUGUCAUUCCUGCCUCCAUGUUAGACCUGAUGGAUGAAAGGUCAUUUCGCAAGAUAAAAGAUGUCAGGGACGACGCCAGUGAGUUAGGAAUUCCCCAAGUCGCGAUCCUCACCAAAAUUGAUGAAGCCUGUAAUGUUGUCCAAUACAGUUUGCAAUAUGUCUACAGGAGCUACUGGCUGAAAAAGCAGAUGGAAAAAGUGAGUGUGAUGACAGGAAUUCCAAUGCACUGCAUCUUCCCAGUGAGGAACUACAGCUCAGAAAUCGAAACAGAUGAUGACAUGGAUUCACUGAUACUGAGCGCAAUGAGAAAGAUCAUUGACUACGGAGAAGACUUCCUGAAUGAUCAGUGUGCUGCAGGCGAUGAUGGCACUCAGGAAAUUGCCCUGAAUCAAAACAUGGAACAUGCUUGACAGCAGCGAUCAUAAAAACUGACAUUUAACAACGUUUUUACUUCUUCAGAGGUCAGACCAAAGUGUUGUCCCCUUUGAUAUCUUUUUUUCCUGUAUGUUUUUUU